AUGACUUACAAAAAAAGUAAAGGAAUUGUUAAAAAACCUGCUGUAUUACAAACAAAAAAAUAUAAGCGUAGCAAAGUGCCAUGUUUCUGUAGUACAUGCAAUGGUCAAGAGAGAGAUCCAAGAGUUAAAGCAGAACAUGAAGCACAAGAACAAAAACCUUUUAAAAAACACAUUAUAUCAAACCACCAAGUUAGAUAUCAGCUAAGAGAUACCUCUAACGGUGAAGGGUCUUCAAAUAUGAUAAAUGAAGUUGCUUUAUUGGAUCAGGAUAUUGGUUUAACGGGUGGUGAAUUAUCAGAUAGUGAGACAUACAAUUUUAUACCUCUUUCUCAGCCUGAAAAUCUUCA